UCCAGCUUCUCUGCGUCCUUGAACAUUUUCACUCAGAUUACAUUCAGAGUCAUAUUCUUUGCACGCUGGCUUGAUUAUUGUCGCAGCGCAUCAUCAAAUUCUCUACUCGACCCGCAGCGGUCAUAAUUACUUUUCAAGCAGAUCGCAGCUCCGCUUGGCCCAAGCUCUUUGUUGAUGCAGCAACAAGGCACACUUAAUAUCAACACCUUCCACACCACUUCGCAUUAAGAACAAUCCAUCCUUUCACAACGUGCGCCUACGUGUGAUUCCCGCUCAAUUGCACCCAAAGGCUCAACGAUCUUGUCCUGCCGUUCUGCAACAUGUCUACAGAAGGCGCGAUGGCAGGUCAAUACCAGGUCCUCGAGGAGCUCGGCGCAGGGAGCUUCGGCGUUGUCUACAAGGCCAUUGACAAGAUGUCUGGAGAAGUCGUCGCCAUUAAACAUAUUGACCUGGAGUCGAGUGAGGACGACAUUCUCGAAAUUCAACAAGAAAUAUCUGUGCUGAGCACAUGCGCGAGUCCAUACGUCACACAAUAUAUUGCUAGUUUCCUCCGAGGUCACAAACUGUGGAUCGUCAUGGAGUAUUUGGGCGGAGGAUCGUGCUUGGAUCUGUUGAAACCUGGCCCCUUCAACGAAGCCCACAUUGCAAUAAUAUGCCGCGAACUUCUACUCGGACUGGAAUAUCUUCACCACGAAGGCAAGAUACACAGAGAUAUCAAGGCUGCCAAUGUUCUGCUAUCCACCGCCGGCAGGGUCAAAUUGGCGGACUUCGGUGUUGCAGCACAACUCACAAAUAUCAAGUCCCAACGGAACACAUUCGUCGGUACUCCCUUCUGGAUGGCUCCGGAAGUGAUUCAACAAAACGGAUACGAUUUCAAGGCGGACAUAUGGUCUCUUGGAAUCACAGCUAUAGAGUUGAUCAAUGGAGAACCUCCAAAUGCGUCGAUACAUCCUAUGAAAGUUCUCUUCCACAUCCCAAAAGCGCCCGCACCAAGGCUCGAGGGUUCGCAAUAUAGCAAAGACUUCAAGGACUUCGUUGCUCAAUGUCUUGUCAAGGAUUGCGACAGACGCCCCUCGGCCAAGGAACUUCUCAAGCACAAGUUUAUUCGAUCCGCAGGGAAAGUGGAAGCCUUGCAGGAAUUGAUUGAGAGAAAGCAGGAAUGGGAUGGUGGACGAAGCAGACCCUCUCACCCCCGUUUGUACGAAGAAACAUUAAAUACAAUGAUUACCAAAGAGGAGCCUGAUGGAUGGGUUUUUGAUACAGUCAAGGUUUCCACCGUUGCUCCAGCACGAAAGAACACUACCAAGAGACGAAAGUUAUCAGUAAUCCACGCCAAUGGCCAAGGGAUGCAUGCUGGUCCAGAGGAUGCAAUGAAGCGACUUGACUUAAAAGACUCACCAUUAGAAUAUUCUUCUCCUCCACCAAUUACAAUGAAGAAAGGCACCGUUCGCAAGCAACCUUCCAUUGCACAGCUUGCCUCCCCAUCCAAGUCCCGUCAGCCAAGCAGUCAGCGGCGACCGCCUCUUCAACCAGAUAUGAGCUUUGGCAACACUGGAUCCACUGUUCGUCUCUUCCGAAGAGUCUCGGACAACUCCACUUUGGCCCAGGUCAAUUCGGACGUUUCUGCUCCAGAGACUACACGGGAUGAGAACAGGCCACCAUUAUCAGAACCAGCAACUAAAGAGACAGUUCUCGGACACCGUGUUUUCAAUAAGAUAGUUGAUCCCGCAUUCCAGGAACUCCAUGCCCAAACCGGAAAUCAGGCCAAGCGCGAGGCCCUAUCUCGACUUGCUGAUGCUUGGAGCGCUCUCGAUGCAAUUGACCCAGAAGGAGAAUUCCAGUUACUCAAGGUCAUGAUGGAGAAACUUCAGAAUGAUUCCAAACUGUCUUCUGUUCUCUCACCAUCCAAGACCUCCACCCGAGAUGGGACACCUCAACCAUCGCCACAAAAGCCUGGCCAGAAAUUAGUGCUUGCUCAAAACAACCCGCACCUGAAGUCACACCGCCAGCGACAAUCAAGUAUGAUGCCCGAUGCAGAUGUCAGAGAGAAGAUAUCGAACCUCCCAGGUCAAGUCAUUCCCGGCAUGGAGCACACCAAGCAACUCGCCGAUGUCCUCUAUGCCCGCUGGGCAGAUGGACUUCGCAACAAGUGGCCUGCCGUAUAAGCAACCUGUCUCUAGCAUUCUCGGCGCAUACAUAGAUUACCAUAUCAUAGCGGGGUCGAUUCGUACAUUUGAAACAUAAAAGCACAAACAAAAGUCUGGUCUACAUUCGAAUUGCAUAUAUAGAGGAUUGAAGGCAUCGUUUUCAUUCAUGGUUGGAGUGAGCGAGCAUCGCGAGCAUCGUCUGUUUGUUUGUUUGGCUGUAUAGGUUGUCGGAUUUGAGAUUCACUGUACCGAUUCGAUUUGAUUUGACCGGAGAUGAAGAGAGGAGAUGGGCUGGGGGAGAUUAUGAUUGAUGAUAAUGUCUUUCUUUUGCUGUAUGGACUUGGAUUUCUUGCUUCUUUUCUGAGUGAGGGUGAGUGGGGAAAGAAGAGACCUGGGUGUGUUCUGAGUUGUAUAGUAUGUUUGUGUAUGGUACUUGGACCUUGGUGAUGGGUUGAAGAGAGUAGAUAGGAUGAGUAAUCGAUUGCCAUUGUUGAUUGAUAUUUGCC